UGGAAGGCUGUUAUGUAGGGGAUGGGUUGAAAUCCCUCUAUGCUUGUGUCGGAGAAGUGUUUGACUGUGCGGGCGAACAAAGUUGAACUCUUGUUACGGUGGCUUUUGCGCGUUUAACUGUAUAAAAGUUGCCACCGGCUCUCCUCGUCGGUGUUUCAGAAGAAAACAGUCCCAGUUUUCCCGACGGGGAAACUUCCACGCUAAGUGUCAGAGUAGAAGGUGUAUGUCAGGAUGGCCCAAUGGAACCAGUUACAGCAGCUGGAAACCAGGUAUCUGGAGCAGCUGUACCACUUGUACAGUGACAGCUUCCCCAUGGAGCUACGACAGUUUCUUGCCCCCUGGAUUGAGAGUCAAGACUGGGCUUAUGCUGCCAAUAAGGAGUCGCACGCCACACUGGUAUUUCACAACCUUCUGGGAGAAAUAGACCAGCAGUACAGUCGUUUCCUGCAGGAGAACAAUGUACUCUAUCAGCAUAACCUACGCAGGAUUAAACAGCAUCUGCAGAGCAAGUACUUGGAGAAGCCGAUGGAAAUUGCUCGCAUUGUUGCCCGCUGCCUUUGGGAGGAGCAACGGCUCCUGCAAAGUGCCACCUCAGCUGCACAGGAUGGCCAAGCAGCCCAUCCCACGGGGACUGUAGUGACAGAGAAGCAACAGAUCCUAGAGCACAACCUUCAAGAUAUUAGGAAGAGGGUUCAGGAUAUGGAGCAGAAAAUGAAAAUGCUUGAGAACUUGCAGGACGACUUUGACUUCAAUUAUAAGACGCUUAAAAGCCAAGGAGAAUUGUCCCAGGACCUAAAUGGAAAUAGCCAAGCUGCUGCUACCAGACAGAAGAUGGCUCAACUUGAGCAGAUGUUGAGUGCUUUGGACCAGCUCAGGAGGCAAAUUGUGACAGAGAUGGGAGGCUUGCUGACCGCCAUGGAUUACGUGCAGAAGAACCUGACAGAUGAAGAACUAGCAGACUGGAAGAGAAGGCAACAAAUUGCCUGUAUUGGAGGUCCACCUAACAUCUGUCUGGAUCGACUUGAAACAUGGAUCACAUCCUUGGCUGAGUCCCAGCUACAGAUUCGUCAGCAGAUAAAGAAACUUGAGGAGCUUCAGCAGAAAGUCUCUUACAAAGGAGACCCUAUCAUUCAGCAUCGGCCUGCCUUAGAGGAGAAGAUUGUGCACUUGUUCAGAAACCUCAUGAAAAGUGCUUUUGUGGUGGAAAGACAGCCCUGUAUGCCCAUGCAUCCAGACAGACCACUGGUCAUAAAAACAGGAGUGCAGUUCACAAAUAAAGUCAGGUUACUGGUAAAGUUUACUGAACUCAAUUACCAGCUGAAAAUUAAAGUCUGCAUAGACAAAGAAUCUGGGGAUGUGGCUGCAAUUCGAGGUUCACGAAAGUUUAACAUCUUAGGUACCAACACAAAAGUGAUGAACAUGGAAGAAUCCAACAAUGGCAGUCUUUCAGCAGAGUUCAAACACUUGACCCUAAGAGAACAGAGGUGUGGUAAUGGUGGACGGACCAAUAGUGAUGCCUCUCUGAUUGUCACAGAGGAGCUCCAUCUAAUAACUUUUGAGACAGAAGUCUACCAUCAAGGCCUGAAAAUUGAUUUGGAGACUCAUUCCCUGCCUGUGGUGGUUAUAUCCAACAUCUGUCAGAUGCCCAACGCCUGGGCUUCCAUUCUGUGGUACAACAUGCUCACCAACCACCCAAAGAAUGUGAACUUCUUCACAAAGCCCCCAGUUGGGACGUGGGACCAGGUGGCAGAGGUGCUAAGCUGGCAGUUCUCCUCCACCACCAAGAGAGGCCUGACCAUUGAACAGCUCACCACCCUAGCUGAGAAAUUACUAGGGCCGUGUGUGAACUACUCUGGCUGUCAGAUCACCUGGGCCAAGUUCUGUAAGGAAAAUAUGGCUGGCAAAGGCUUCUCCUUCUGGGUUUGGCUGGACAACAUUAUUGACUUGGUGAAAAAAUAUAUCCUGGCUCUGUGGAAUGAAGGGUACAUAAUGGGCUUCAUCAGUAAGGAAAGGGAGAGGGCCAUCCUGAGUCCAAAACCUCCCGGUACUUUCUUGUUGCGCUUUAGUGAGAGCAGCAAAGAGGGAGGUAUCACAUUUACAUGGGUGGAGAAAGACAUCAGUGGAAAAACCCAAAUCCAGUCAGUGGAGCCCUACACCAAGCAGCAGCUCAACAAUAUGUCAUUUGCUGACAUUAUCAUGGGUUACAAGAUUAUGGAUGCAACCAACAUUCUGGUUUCACCUCUUGUUUACCUUUACCCCGAUAUACCCAAAGAGGAAGCUUUUGGGAAAUAUUGCCGGCCAGAAGCAGCUCCUGAGUCAGACAUGGGAGGAGACUCUACUAGCACUACUCAGCCAUACUUAAAGACAAAGUUCAUCUGCGUUACCCCUAAAACUAUACAUGGUCCAGAGAGACAGCUGUUCACAUGGUGUCCCUCCGUGUUCAUGGACUUGCCGGACUGUGAGCUGCUUGGGAACGGAUUCCCAGGAACCAACUCUGGAAACACAAGUGAUCUGUUCCCAAUGUCACCUCGCACUCUUGACUCUCUUAUGCCCAAUGAAGCUGAACCUAAUCCAGUCAUGGAUUCACUCACUUUGGACAUGGACGUAGCAUCGCCUCUGUGAAGAGCAUGUUUUGUCUUCCUUUGUUGGAUUAUGAUAUCAUGCUGUGAUAGAGGUUUUGAAUCAUCGCCUCUGCUUCUGUACAGUUUGUUUCUCGUUACUGUGUAAAAAUGACUCACUUUCACACAAUAGAUGAUUUUUCAAAUUUAUUCCUUUGAAAAGCAUUGCCACUUAUUUCAUUGUGACUGUACACCUGUACUUAGUUUGUGAAAUUGUAGAUUGAUUAUACUGACCUGUUGUAUUUUAAACAGCAUCCUCCUCUUACAGUACUUCUCCACUUUCACAAAUGUCUCUGAGUAUCUGGUCUCGUUUAAGUAUAAUUUUAAGUAUAGUUUUUUGUUAUUGACCUUUUCAAAGUCUAUAGAUUCUUGUGAUUUUUAUAGCAUAUUUUUUGGAUAAGCUAAGUUGCUUUGCAAAUAUUUUUAUUAUUCUGUAAUGUUAAUCGAUGCCAAAUCAAAUGUCACAUGUUCUAAUGUUUUAAAUUGUUUCGGUUUUAAUGUGAUUUUAAAAAAGGAAUUUUGACUUUUAUUUCUUAAUUUUAAAAAGCUUGAAAUGACAUUAAAGACAAAGAAGGUUCUGUUUCCCCUUAUUGAGAGAAAUAACAUUGGCAUGUCUGGUAAAAGUGGUUUUGUGACACUGUUUUUUGUCUCUUCUACUAAAAUACUGCAAGUUAAGGGAAUUGUAUUUGCUUUUGAGAUGAGCAGUUUAAAUAUUUUUAUGUCAUGUAAAUUAACAGUUUAUUUUAGAACAAGCGUGUAAUCAAAAUAGCCAUGUUUAAGAAACAUUUAAAAAAUUUAAGCCAUGUCUGUUAUGCCAUGAACUAUCUUGAUGUUUUCUGUAAAAUAUGCUGUAACAACUCUUUGAAACAUGGCAAUAAAAAAAUAGAUAUCAAUGUA